AUGAACCUAUGCUGGUCGAUUUUCCUCCUCGGAGUCGCGACUGCAAUCGAAUCACAGCACUAUGCCACAUCAACCCGCGAAAUGGCGUCUCUGCUGCAACUGGAGGACGAACUAAUUGGAUAUAUGCGUCAGUAUGCGAUGGAAUUGCAAAACAAAGUAAACACAAUGAGGACUUUCCAGGAGGAGUGGAUGACCAGGAGGGCACUGGGGCCCGCUGAUCCUACGGCCUAUGUGGCCAAUCCGUUGAUAAGUUUUCCGCUCAUGCGACGCAUGUAUACGGAUGUUCCAAAGUUGCUGGAACUAGCUCGUGAGGAGGUCAAACAGGCACCGCUUCAAGAAUUGAUAAAAUUUGAUUUGAGCCAUAUUUCUAAACUAGAGUUCCAAACGGCUGCAACUGGUUUGUUGCGAUUUCAGGGCGUUUAUGGUCUGAAUGAAAGCGAAAUGGCCAAUGGAAUACUAUAUGGAAAACAGUACAACUCCAGAAUGAGUGCUGCAGAUUGCCUGGCUUUGGCCACUCAUCUAUUGAAUCUGGAAAAGGGCAAACCGGCCAGCAAGUGGUUAAAAGUAGCCCUCGAUCAGUAUGAAAAUAAAAUGGAUGCUGUAAAUAGAUUGCUUAAAACAGGACGUUCUCAAAUCUACGAGAAAUUAGGUCUAACUUUGCUCGCUAUGCACGACUUACCAGCUAGUCGGGCUGCGUUUAAGGAGUCCAUAGGUUGGGCCUCCGUGGAUGAUAAUACUGAUCUGGCCAAACACUUGGUCAAUACCAUAGCCCACAGGCUUGUGCACGUGGACAACUGCCGAGGUAAAAACCUCCCUCCGAGCAAAUCCUUCCUGCGUUGUCGUUACUUUAGAGAAGGUUCCCCAUUUCUUCGAUUGGCUGCGUUGAAACUUGAACAGCUCAACAUUGAACCCUUCAUUGGGCUCUUCCAUGAUGCUAUCUCACCAGCUGAGCAAGAGGAUUUGUUACGUCUCACGGAAACAAGGUUAGAGCAAAAAAAAAAAGAUAGUUAUAGUUUAGAAGCCAAUGUGGAUACAAAUGCCUCUGAUUAUGUGAGGCGAAUUCACCAAAGGAUUGAGGACAUUACAGGAUUGGAUUUGGAAGACAGCGAACCACUCACAGUCUCUAACUUUGGCAUUGGAGGGCAGGAGUCCAUCCACUUGGACUGCGAGCAGCCCAAUAAAUUUAUUGGGCACUUUACUAAAGAAUACCGCUCAGCGUCUGUACUGCUUUAUCUCAGUGAUGUUCAAAUGGGCGGCUAUGCCUCUUUUCCGGAUCUGGGCUUUGGCUUUAAGCCCAGUAGGGGAUCGGCCUUGGUUUGGCAUAAUACAGACAACUCCGGCAAUUGUGAUAGUCGCAGCUUGCAGGCCACCUGCCCGGUGCUUCUUGGAAAUCAGUGGGUGGCCAGAAAAUGGAUCAGUGGGUCAGGGCAGUGGCGCAGGAAGUCGUGUCGGAUGUAAAGAAAAUGCAGUUUUCCAUUCGGUUUUUAUCCACUUUUGCGAUAAUUUAUUCAAUAAUUUUGUCGUUAUUUAUAUUAUGAUAAUAAAUUUUAUGCACUAUUUUAUAGUAUUCAUAUUUAA